GUUAACGAAUUAUUAACACAGCAAGCCUAUUUAAACAUCUAAAUAUAAUCCUGUUGACUGUGGUAAAAUAAAGGGAAAAAUAAAUACGAAUUCAGUGAAGAUGGCUUCCACCGGGAAACUCCGCAUAUAUCCUUCGAGAUACGAGUUCAACGAUCCAACGACCGAAAGGGAGGAAACGUGUCGAUUGUUCGAGGAGUUCGAGCGAAAAAUGAAAACUGUGGUAAAACGUGACAAGCUCCAGCGAACGAUGGACCGCACGUUGUCUCCGGCACUGAACGCAAGGACAAAACGUUGCAUAAAUGCGGUCCCUGCCAGGUUUCAACCAUCUUCCAUCUUUCCCGCCCAAAAUGUCGAUGAUGCUGCUAGCCUACUGGGAGAGGUCACUCCAUCAGUGCCAGACCAACCAACCUCGCUGCAGGUGACGAUAGAUCCUCGUUCCAAACCACGAGCCCUACCACCGAGGGUGGAAAAUUGGAUGGAAAACUUUCUCCGGAAGCCAACCCGUGAACGUGUCCGGUGGCGUUCGAAGCUGCACGAGCUGGAACCACGCUGCACGGACCGUCCACCAUCGGAACGGGUCGAACAGCUGAUCGACGUCGGGACGGAGGAUUUUGUUGUCUGGCUUAAUACGCUCGGUGCGGAUCGGUCCAGCCUAACGACGGAUGUCGUGAAGGGACUAUUCUCCAUCGAAUCCGCUGACGAAACGUCCCGCGCUCUAACCAUUGCCCCGAAGGAGAUCCAUGCGGUACCGGAACAAGUAGCGAGAGAAUGGAACGUACCACAUCUGGCGCUGGAAAAUCGUAUCGCUCAGCUGCUGCACCAUGACCGGAUUUUGGCCGAAAGUGGUACGAAGCGAAUCGCGUUUGGCCGAGGACUUCCACAGGAGUUGCGGACUGGCUGGACGCAGGAUGAUGGGAACGGAUGGGACGUGGAACGGCCAGACGUUCCGGACGAUUUGAUGAGCUUGAAACGAUUGUUCCGUGACAUCUGGCACCUGCGCUCGGUCAAAUAUCUGGUGGAUUAUUUUGCCGAGAGACCGGCAUUACCGCGUCCACGGUUUUUGGUGGAGAAGGGUCUCUUUCAACGGCAGGAUGUCGUUGAACCGGUUCCGUUUUACAGGAAAGUUUUAUCACAGAAAGCCAUCGCUGAAAGUAUUAGGAGGUAAGAAGAGUUACUUUGCACGAACGUGAUGGAAAAUGUUGGAAGAUGGAGUGGAG